GAAACGACUAUUUGACACUGACAAAACAUACUGUAUGGUGGUCAGACGGGAACUAAGCGACUUACUACCGAGACACAGACUGUUGCAGCGUAAACAAGACAGAAAUCACAAAACAGUAAAAGGACAAAUUAACUAUUUUUCACCAGCCAUUUAUUUGAUCAUUACUGACAUAGGCCUACCAUUUUGUCUCAUUUGUAAAUAGAUUUUUUUGUUUGUUUUUAUUUUGUUAGUUUCCUGUAGUGUUGUAAUCUUGCUCAUCAUGGUGGACCAGCUGGCUUUCACGCAAGAGAACAGAGAGCGGAUACAGGCAGUGGAGAACUCCUUCGGCCCCUCUGGGAUGUCCCUGAUCAGACCUGACCGGGUCUUGAUAGGCGAGGGGCGGCUGAUGAAGCUGUGUCGACGCCGCCCCCAGCCUAAAGUAUUUUUCUUGUUUAAUGACAUUUUGGUGUACGGUAGCAUCAUCCUUCAUGGACGCUGGCACAAGAAGCAGCAUGUUAUCUCCCUGGAGGAUAUCCAGCUAGAGGACCUGGAGGACGGGGUCAUCAUGGAGAACCAGUGGCUGAUCCGCACACCACAGAAGUCCUUCUACGUGGCAGCUGCCUCCGCUGAGGAGAAGCGUGCCUGGAUGGAGCACAUUGAGGACUGCAGGUGUAAGCAGCUUCAGCAUGCCGGCUGCCAGCCCGGGUGCACCUUCGCCACCACCUGGAUCCCUGACCGGGCGUCCGCCAUCUGCAUGCGCUGCUCUAAAACAUUUACAGUCAACAAACGUCGCCACCACUGUCGUCGCUGCGGCUUUGUCGUCUGCAACGCCUGCUCCAAGAACCGGGCCGUGAUCUGCCACAUCUCUACUAAGCCCGUGAGGGUGUGUCGACUGUGUCACCUCAGUCUCCAGGACCAUGGGGAGCUGACUCAGGAUGAGGUGCAUCUACGGGGGGACAGUGAUGGGAGGAACUGCUCUGAUGAAUCUGACCUGGUCAUGCCCGAGUACGAGGCGACUAGCGACGAUGAGGCGAAUGAGCGGGUAGAACACCACGCACCAAGCAAUUGGGUUGAGUGUCACAACUCUUGGUCCCCAUUUAACUAUUUAAAACCGGACCAUCAAAGUCUCAAUCUCACUGGAUUGUCAAGUCACUUGACUUGACUUGGUUGACAAUUGGACAAUGUGAGAGGACCCUGAAAAGUAUUUACUGAAUGAGUAAUUGGUGAAGAGUGCCAAAUCAAGACGAUACAUGAUCACAUGUAAUCAAAAAUAUUGCACAAAUAUGAACACUAAUCCUACCCAUAUAAUGUAUGCAUUACAUAGAUGUUUUCCUGUUAAUAAUAUAAUAUUCCUUUGAGUGUUUUGGGGGGCUUAUUUUUGUCAUCCUUUUGAUAUAAGGUUAACCUGUAGUAUUCAUUGUUGACUGGCCAUUAUGCACACACGGAGCAUCUUAUUUUACAUGAAACACAUUUCGCACGGAAUACUUUUAUAUUUGUCCUAUACUUAUCGUGUUUUUAAAAAAAAAAGGCACAUUGACAACGUGCCUAUUUUAAGUGUACCUGUAAUUAUAACUCUAAAUGGCAGCAAUAACUAUACCUCUUUAUAUCACAUUCACAUCAACCAUUUAUCUUGAAAUGAAAUAUUUUGAUAGCAACCUUUGGUCAUCCUUGUCCUGAACACCUGGUAAGACUACUUAUUGACCCCCCCAAAACAGCUGUAAUCAAACUAUUUCGUGCUUAGGUGUUAGAAGCCUCCUGCAGACACAUGAACCAGUCCUGAGGCAACAGGUGCAGUAGAUGAGCCUUUCGAGAAAGUUCUUGCGUCAUUUCAUUUUCCCAACUCUAGUGUUGUCAAUGGCAAUACUCUGGCCAACUGCCAAUUAUUAUUAUUUUUUUUUAAGAACUUAUUCAAAUGCAACAUGUCAAUCAUUAACAUUUAAUAGGCAUUUCAAACCAAAAACCAGUUUAAAUCGUGCUCUCUGGUUUCUGAAAAAAACUGUCUAAAAAAGGUUUUUCUAUGAAGAUAAGACUGCUCUCACAUCCCCAGACUACAAAUAAAGUGGUGAUGGAAUAUGAUAUCUUGUGACUCCAAUCCAUUUGAAUUUGGAAAAAAGCUGCUAAGACACUGUUUCUUAGUAAGUCAUAGGUACAAGACUGACAAGCAUCUCUCAGAAAUGAAUGACAUAACUUCUAAUGAAAUUUCCCCUCGAGAUUAAUGACCAAUGUUUCGCUGUAUGAUGUUAUGAGAACCGGCAGGUCCAAGCUUGCUUGCAAAGAAUGAACAGGGAAACGUCUAGAACAGCGAAUGUGGGGGGAAAAAAUAAUAAUAAUCGCAGUGGUGUCAUUACAAACAACCUUUGCACAUACUUCAAAAAGUGCUUUGAUAUCUUAAUAAGAUUCUAGUAUUAUUCAAAAGUCUACAUUUGAAACAUUGACAAAGAGGAACUAGAUUACAUUGCGUAUAAUCUCGGAAACCCAGAAGAAAAAAAUCUUGCGAAAUUGCGACAGAUGAGAUACCAUUCUAUGUUACAUGCACGCAUCUGACCAAGAGUGAUUACAUUGCGUAGCAUUGUCUUCCUUCUCUUACAAAGAAUGUGUUAAGCGGUUGAAUUUCCCUCACGAAACUGUCAAGUUGAUUCACUGAAAUGUUUUCUGGCUUAAUGAUGUCAUACUAAAAGCUUGUGGUGAUCAUACACGUCCCCGUUGUCCUUUAUUUCAUUUAUCAUGAUUUUCAUACAAACACUUUAGUACAAGAGCACUACAAGAUUUUCCCAAUUAGUUCAUUCUAGGACUAGGUGGCACUUAUCACCAUUUUAUGCGCCAGAAGUAUCAAGGCCGGUUUCUCCGAAGUACUCAUCUCUUACAAUAUUCACAUUGCAUGAAUCACUUGAGAUCCCAGGCACACUUACAAGAGGAGUGAUCAGGGUCCUUUUUUCAUUGUCUUGCAUUUGUUGCAAAUCAUGUCAAUUAUAAAUGACCAACAAUAUUCAAUGUGUACAUUUCAACGCAAAAUUUCAGCAACCAAUUAUGCACUACAAUAUAAAUAAAGUACACCUUUCUGGUUAAUUGCUGGACUGUUCGUAUAAGAUACGUUUCAAUCAUACCGCGACAUUCAGAGAUAACAAUUUCGCAACUAAAACAAAACAAAUGUGUACAUUAAAGUGCAAUUCAGCCACUCUUCCACCUCAUAUUCAUUAUCUCCGAAACCAUAACAGUGUCUACACACAGUAUGUGAAAACAGCAAGUUUCUAUGAUCUGUGGUUAAAAAGAUAAGGUGCAAAAAAAAA